AUGAAGGCAGCCGGGGAGCAACUGAUGAAGAAAAGGAAGCAUUUGUUUUGGUCACCAUGUGUUGCGCAUUGUAUUGAUUUGAUGCUAGAAGACAUUGGUCAGAUGAAGUCAAUAAAGGAUGCCAUCAAACAAGGUAGGAGAAUUACCAGUUUUACAUACAAUAGUGACAAAGUGGUUAAUCUAAUGAAGACAUAUACAAAUAAUAGAGAGUUACUGCGACCUGACAUAACAAGAUUUGCUACCGAAUUCAUUGCAACGGAAAGUCUUCUUGGUCAUACUACCGAAUUGAAACGAAUGUGUACUUCAAAUGAGUGGCACAAGUAUACUAGCAGUUCUAAAAGAAGGGAAGAAGCUACUGAAGUGUCUGACUUGAUUUUGUCAGAAAGAUUUUGGAAAAGGGUUCAGCAGGUAUGUGCAGUCAUGGAACCGCUAGUGAAAGUUUUAAAAGUGAUCAAUCAGGAUAAAAAAUCCACACUACCUAUUAUAUAUGAGGCAAUCGAAAGGGUUAAAAUGGCUAUAGAAAUUGUAGUGAAAGACUAUCAAAAGUAUUGGGAUAUUAUUGAUGACAGAUGGUAUAGGCAGUUACACCAACACUUGCAUGCAGCAGCCUAUUUCUUAAAUCCCGCUCUUCAAUGUUCCGGUACCUGUGAAUUUAAUACACGUGAAGUUAGAAGAGGAUUGAAAGAAGUAAUUAAAAGGCUUGAACCGGAUUUAGAAGUGCAAGCAAAAGCAAUGAAUGAGAUAAACACAAUCGUGAACAAAAUUGGAGAGUUUGGAAGAGCACUUGCAAUAAAGGAAGUAGCUAGGUCUUUAUCAGGUUCAUAA